GUGCGUGUGCGUGUGUUUACGUGCGUGUGUUUACGUCACGUGUGUGUGAGACGCGUUAGUUGCUAAGAUAUAAGCCCUGCCCUUUUCAGGGCAGAAUUACAGCCCCUGGAGUGACUUAUCCUCUUCAACCUCAUACCAUCGGCUUCAGACAAACCAGAAUGGCAAAUAUGGACAUGAAGAACAGAAACAAGAUUGACAGUGAAACAAUGGGUGGAAAAUCUGACAGCACAAUACAAAUUAUACAAGAUGACGGCCCUCGUACUUUGGGUUUCUGUGGCUGGAUUUUAAUCUCCAUGUCUAUGAUUUUAACUAUAGUACUGUUUCCUGUCACCAUAUUCAUGUGCAUGAAGAUCGUCCGGGAGUAUGAGAGGGCUGUGAUCUUUCGACUGGGUUGCAUCAUUGACAGGAAACCGAAAGGACCAGGAUUGUUUUUCAUAGUGCCAUGUGUUGAUACUUUUGUAAAGGUGGACUUGAGAGCUAAGACAUUUGAGAUUCCACCUCAAGAGAUUCUGACAAAGGAUUCGGUGACAGUGUCUGUAGAUGGGGUGGUUUACUUCCGGGUCAAGGACCCCAUCUUAUCUGUAGCUAACGUGACAAAUGCUGAUGUGGCAACUCGUCUGCUGGCCCAAACCACACUAAGGAAUGUCCUGGGAACUAAAAGCCUGUCAGAAGUGCUAUCAGACAGAGAGAGCAUCUCCCAUAGCAUGCAGACUUCCUUAGAUGAGGCCACACAUUCAUGGGGUAUCAAGGUGGAGAGAGUGGAGAUCAAGGAUGUUAAACUCCCGGUUCAGCUCCAGAGAGCCAUGGCAGCUGAGGCUGAAGCAUACAGAGAGGCUCGUGCUAAGGUGAUCGCUGCAGAGGGCGAGGUGAAUGCAUCCCGGGCGUUAAAAGAGGCCUCUCUGGUUAUUGCUGAGUCCCCUUCAGCCCUACAGCUCCGCUACCUCCAAACACUCACCACCAUCUCAGCUGAACGGAACUCCACCAUCAUCUUUCCCCUGCCUAUUGACAUUUUGCAACAUUUUAUGUACCAAAAAUGAGGUUGUACAUGCCUUAUUACUGUUUACAUUCAAGUCUGUAAUCAUUUCUAAACAAGCACUAGUGAAACUUUUCGAUUGUCUUUUUUCUACUUUAAAAUUUUUUGGACUCGUUUUUUGGAACUUGUUUUGGGAUUUUUCUUUUUCUAUGUUUGAAAUUUUGCACUUUGGACACUAAAAUCUUUGAGUUUUAUGUUUGCACUUUUGUUCAUCUCUUCUUCUGCUGAGUCCUGGUACUGAUAGUGUUUGUAUGUGCCAUCUUCCAAUAAAUAAUAAUUUUAAUUGCUUGA